AUGAAUCGAGGUGGAUUGCGGGUGACGAGGUGGAGAACGACGUGCUACGGUGGAAGGUGUCGACAAGGCGAGUGCUACGGUGCUGCAACCGAGGCGACAACAGAUCUGAUUCUAGCACCGAGGCAAACGACUAGUUGGCGAGUUGAAUGUCGACGCCGAGGUGGAGAGGUUCUGCGAUACCGAGUUGAGUCUCAGUCGAUAGGGCGGCGCAAAUUACGGUGGAGACGAAUUCGUCUUCUCCACGCCGAGGUGGUUCGACCGAGGUGGAUUCGACCGAGGCGCCGAGGUGGAUUCGACCGAGGCGCUGAGGUGGUUCGACCGAGGUGGAUUCGACCAAGGCGGUUAAUUCCGACGCCGACUUGA